GGAAGGUAAGGUAGAGAGAAAAUUGUAGGUAUAAUAUUGUGACAGCUAUCCCCAAGAUUUUUCCUGAAAGUGUUUCUUUUGCUAUAUUGAACUGCGCCUUGAUGUUCGUAAUCAAAGUGGCACAGUGAACAAUUAAUUGGGAUGUGUUUAGUAGGUGUAGGGAGAAAAUUUGUGUAAAGUAUGCCCCCUGGGAGAUUUUACUUGACCUGCCUUGUCUUUAUUGGGGCACUCACAUCGAUCGUAUGGGGCAUCGAAGUUGACUGCAGUGAGCUCCGGAUGGGGCAGUACCUGUGUCCUGAUCCUGGAAACAUUGACAACCACAUAGACCCGAAGACUCAGCAAAUACGUGGUUGCACGCGGGAGAAUAAAGCCAAGGUUUGGUGCAUUGCUGCAGAUGAGAUAACAUGCACGGAAACCAAAAAUUCCAGCUUCACAAAGGAACAACCCUGCAAAUGGACAAAUGGGUAUCGAUUGGACACAGCCCUGCUACUCUCGAUAUUUCUGGGGAUGUUUGGUGCAGAUCGCUUCUACCUCGGCUACCCUGCAGUUGGGAUGCUAAAAUUUUGUACGCUAGGCUUUAUGUUUCUUGGCCAGCUAGUUGACAUCAUCCUCAUUGCCACACAAGUCGUCGGUCCCGCAGAUGGUUCGGCCUACGUGAUCCCCUACUACGGGCCAGGAAUCGUUGUGAUACGUAGCGAUAAUUGGACAUACCGUCUUCCCCAAGAUGAUUGGUAGUUUUUGGGUCUUACAAUUUGUUCCCAAUAAAUUGUAAAAAUUACUUUAUUAGCUUUUAAGAACUACGAUAGAAUGUGGAAAAUAUACAAAGCUCUUACUGAAAUUAAAAACAAA